GGAGUGGGACUCAAAGAAAAAAGAAAGACUACUGACUUAGCUCAUGCUGGUGCUCCGCUCACCCCUCCCUCUGUCUUAUUUUGUCUUUGUCGUCCCCCUGCAGAGAGAUGGGUUGCGUGCCUUGGCUGAGCUGCGCAGCUGCUUCUGAGAUCUCACGGCGGCGCAGAUGGAAGUUGCAUUGCCGCAGCGCGGAGACCUCGCUUGUUCAGACCUUUUUUGUCUUAAUCGUCGUAUCACUAGCCAAAUGACACUGUGCAAAGACACCUACUGUAUGACAACCCACAUUCGAGUGGAUAACAUCAAACAGCAGAGGACGGUUGGCUUAAUGGCUUAUAAUGGCGGUUUAUAUCUGAGUUAGAACCGUAAACAUCGAUUGUGGUAGGCUAUUGCCUCCGUAGCCUAACCUCACUGCGCAGGCAGAGGAAGAGGAAAGCACUUGUGCAGGAGCAUCACUGCAGAUUACCAGCCAGACGCCGCUCGAUAGCGCAUGUAGAGAUGCGCUAUCGACUAUUGGGGGAGGAAUCUGGUAACUAGGCAACAGAGACAGCACGCUUCACCGCGGGACAACAUGGGGUACAAGUAUCCCGGGGCAGCAAUAGACCGUGUCAGCCUGAUGUGGCGUCUACGUCGCCGGGCCCGUCGAGGGGCAUUGUGCAUGGGUCUCUUCUGCAUCUCCAUGGCAAUGCUCUACGCCCUUUGUGCUGAGAACAGCGUGCCUGUCACCGAUGCCAUCUUUGGAGUGCGGGCAAGAACCCGUGCCCAGCCCCGGGCGCACUCUGUUAUCAAGGUGCUGCGAGGUGGGGCCAAACCCAUGUACCUCGACCCCCAAAAGCUGCCUGGUGUCCUUCCCGGCAACCCGCACCAUCCAAUCCCGGUUCUCUCCUCUCCAAACCACACAAAGGAAGGGACUGGUAAGGAGACCCACCUGAAACACCCCAAGAGAGACAGGGAGGCAUCGGGAUUCUUCUCUUGGCUCCUGCCACGCCCCUUCAGGCGGGCCAUUGAAACCCUGUUUGGGGGCCGUCGUCAGGGGGAGCUAAGUGGAGCGGUUGGGGACGCUGAGUUUUUUGGCCCUCAAGGUGCACUUGGAAAUGUCUGGGACGACGAGAUGUCCAGUAACAUGCUGGGGAAGAGGCUGAGAAAGGUGGUGCAGAACUAUCAGGCGAUGAAUAAGUAUGGUGUGGAGUUGUCUGGUCCUGGGGGUGUGGCUACACGUCCUAAGGUGAGCGGUCCAGACCUGCUGUGCCAGCUGAAGGAAAAGGUAGAGGUUGCAACCCUUACCCCUAACCUGAAACCAUUCCACUCUCUGCCCUGGGCAUCCCAGCUGCCCCCACAACCCAUGAUCUCUGACCUUGGACCCUACAAGAGCUGUGCAGUGGUGUCAUCAGCUGGGUCACUGCGCUACUCUGGACUGGGAAAGGAGAUUGACUCCCAUGAUGCAGUUUUACGGUUCAACGCAGCGCCUACCGUGGGGUACGAAAAAGAUGUUGGUUCCAAGACAACCCUCCGACUUCUUAACUCUCAGGUGAUGGCAUCAGACGACCACCGUUUCCUGUCCAGCUCUCUGUACAGCACUGGUGUUUUAGUGGCCUGGGACCCAGCCCCAUUCUCUGCUGACCUCAGCCAGUGGUACAACAAAACAGACUACCCCAUUUUCGCCCAGUACCAGCGGUACAGGAGGCUCCACCCCCUCCAGCCCUUCUACAUCCUGCACCCCCGAUUUGAGUGGCAGCUCUGGCAGCGAAUCCAGGACAACAUGGCUGAACCCAUCCAAAAGAACCCACCCUCCUCUGGAUUACUUGGCACAGUUAUGAUGAUGUCGCUGUGUGAGGUAGUACAUGUGUAUGAGUUCCUGCCAUCUCGAAGGAAGACAGAGCUGUGUCACUACUACCAGCGCUUCUAUGAUGCAGCCUGCACUCUAGGGGCUUACCAUCCUCUGCUCUAUGAGAAGAACUUGGUCAAGAGGAUGAACCAGGGUGUUGACCAGGACAUCUACACCCACGGGCGGGUCACCCUGCCUGGGUUCAUUACUAUCAACUGCACCCAGGGAGUUGGAAGUGAUUGAACCAGCAAGCAUUGAGAUAAAGAAAGGCUAUAUGACACUCUGAAAGACACAGGACCAUAUGCAGGUGGACGCACAAGACACAAAAUAUAAUUAUAUUUACUUGUAAAAACAGCAUAUGUGUACAAUUUAAUGUGCAGCCAAUCUAUACCAGGGCUCAAUCCUUUCCAGGAGAUCUACUAUCCUGUAGGUUUUUUCUCCAACUCUUUUAGCACACCUGAUUCUAAUAAUUAGCUUGAUGAAAAACUCAGGUUAGUCACAAAUGGGGUUGAAUACCUGCAGGAUAGUAGAUCUCCAGGAACAGGGUGGAUGUGGACAUUAGACUAACAUGUAUACAUGUAUUCAGACUGACUCAUUAGCUCAAACACGCACAGAUGCACAGAAUUCCUUGUGACAACACAUACAAUGGACUGUCUGCAAAAAACCAUACCCAUUUUCCUGUCUGUUUCAAGUUUAGGUGGAGGGCUAUGUGAAGAGAGAACCCAUUCAUUACUGAAGAAUGUCUCUGCAUGCUUGCCUUACCAUACCACUAACAACACCCUUCCUCCCACACAAAUUUGUAAAUGCUGCAUCAUUGACUUUGGAACAGAUGUUGAGAAAUUCCUAAAAUACAUAAAAAAAUAUAUGUUUUUAGCAAGAACAUGUUUUUAGACAUUUGUGCUAAUUUAUUUAAAAUGAACAACUGAAAUCUGAUGUUCAAAUAUUUUCAGACCCUUUGCAAUGAUACUCCAAAUUCAGAUUAGAUGCAUUCUGUCCUUUGAUCAUUCUUGAGAUUGAAUUAGUAAUACAAGUACCACAUUUGAUUUGUCCAUUUAUGGCAAAUUCAAUAAUUGGAAAUUAUUUAGAAAGCAUUAACUUGUCUAUAUGAGGUCAUAGUGCAUUUCAGAGUAAGAAAACUCUUUGUAGACCUGCCAGAAGGACAUUCAGGAAGGAUCACUCCUGAGUAAAAGGACUAUGUCAUGCCACCUGAAGGACUCAGGAGCAGGAGGAAAAAGAUUAUCUGGUCUAACGAGACCAAAAUCGAACUAUUAGACCACAACUAAUCCAAAUGUCAAGAUCUACAAGACAUCUGGCAAAAACAACAUACCAUUUAUGGUGUUGGGUGCAUCAUGCUAUGGGGAUGCUUCUCCUUGGCAGGGACUGGGAAAUGGUCAGACAUGAGGAUGAACUGAGCAAAAUACAGAGGCCCUGUAAGAAAACCUGAUCCAGAACACAUAGCAGGGCUUGACAUUAAUGCUUGUCUGCUUGUCCAAGGCAAGAAUAAAACAAGUGAAAGAAAUCCUUAUUUACAAACAAGUACAAUUAUUGGGUUGAACUCAUUCAGCUUCAGAUUAGUGUCUCUUAUUUUGUGAGUGAGUUUAAGCACGCUAUAUAGUUAUCUUUAUACCUUUUGUCUAAGGUAGCUGUUGUUAGUCUGACAGCUGUAUGGUCACACUGACACAAGUCUUUUCAUGCAUCAAAAGAUCUUAAUUACAAGUAUAUGUAGGUUGUGAUUUAAAGAACUAACACAUUUUGUGAUAAUGUUUUUUGAAGUAUUUUUGUUGUUAUGUUUAAUUGAUAAGAAGCUUGAUAAGAAGAUGCCUUAAUUUAUUCAAUCAUGCCCAGUAGUGAAAGCUAGACUGCUGUAGGCUACUGGAAAUAUUUAGAUACCUUAUGGAGGAGAAUGUGUUUCCUGUAGUGAGACUUCAAAUUAUAGUUCGACCUAGAUUCAUAUUUUGGUGAAAUAACGCUGAUUUGUUCUUGAAAGCCCAUGCUGUCACUUUUCACAGCAAGCCAUUAUUCACCUCUAUCUCUUCUUAGAAUUAGCAUUAUUAGCAUUGCCCAAAUUCAUUAAUAGAAACUACGUCCCAAAUAACAAAAGCUGUAUUGAAAGCCAAAAACUCAAAAACUAAAUUGACUGCAUACUGAUGAACCGUCUGGCGGAAUUUAGUGACUAUUUUUUUCUGCAGCCACCACACACAGGCUUUGCUAUUUGGCAAUGAUGUCAUCAGUAGCUAGCUAAUCCUAAGUGGUUGUUACAUGUGGUCAAUAAGGUUACGUCAAAACUUAAAAAAAAACUUGGAUUAAUACCAUUGGGAACAAAACUGACCAGUAAACAUAGUUUUAUUUUAAAAUGGUAACAUUAUAUACAGGAAUACACCAUCAACCGUUUUUUUUAGAUCAAUAACACCACUGGUCUUAAUUGGAAGUGUUAUGGAGUGGUUUUCCGCUUGCAAUGCAGCUUUUGUUGAUUGGAAUGCAGUUUCAAUUCAUAUAUUUGGACAAUAUUCAUAAUUCUGUCUUUGUACGCCACCACAAUGGAUUUGAAAAGAAACAACUGAGAUGCAGUUCAAGUGCAGACUUUCAGCUUUAAAUCAAGGGGUUGAACAAAAGUUUUGUAUGAAACAUAAUAGGGAUUGCAACCACUUUCAUACACAGUGAAAUGUAUGCUAGAUCGGGGUGAUUGACCCAGCCAUUACAGAAUAUUCCACAUCUUUGCCUUAAAAAAAACCCUGGGUUGUUUUCACAAUAUGUUUUGGGUCAUUGUCCAUCUGUAAAGUGAAGCG